AACUUAUUCAAUGCCUUGAACCUGUCGUCUCUUUUGGACUUGAAGCUCUUCUUUUUCCUGUCUUGGAGCUCCAAAAAACAAGCGAGCUUCACCUAUUCAUCGUACAGAAGAAUCCUAGCUUCCUCGGCGGAAAUCGGCAUUUACGGUCAGGGCAAAUCUCAAACCCUAGCUAUUCACUUUGGAAACCCAGAUAUCUCAGGUAGUCUUCGGGGGUGUUGUUGUUCUUUAGCAGCAGAGGAGAAGCGGGAAAAGUUAAAUGUGGUUCUCAUAUUAAGGUUUAAGGCUUUUAUUUCAUUCUUUACAGAGAGCUUCAAAAGUUCGAAUUGCAUUCUUGUUUUUGAAAGCAAAAUGAGCGAGAUGAAGGAAAAUGGGGCAGGAGGACCAGAUGUGCCCGAAGCGAUGGACUCCGAGCCGGCUGGUGAGGAAGUCGAACAAGAACGGUUACCUCACUCGGGUGAAAACCAAAACCCUGUUGAAAAUGGGCAUUCGCUGCUCGAACCAUCGGAUGACAGGAACGUAGAAUUGCCUAUGGAGACUCAUUCAAGCGACGAUCAGGAUUAUGUUGAACCUGCUGCUGAUGCCGAUGGCCCAUCUGAAAGCAAAAGCGAUGUUGAUGAGACAGGUCCGGUGAAUGAGUCCCCGAAUGAAGGCGCAAAACAACGCGAGGGAUGCGCAGUCAAGAAGUCGGAGGAUGAGAAUGGGGGUGAAUCCAAGAAUGUGGUGAUGGGAGAGGAAGCAAUUCCAUCUGAAGAAAAUGAUUUUAAAGAGACUGUGUUACAACAGGUUGUGGUAGCAGAAGAGUACCCUGUUAAAAAGGAGGAGCCCAGCCAUUCAUUUUUUUUGGAGACACAGUCGUUUGAGGGUGACGAUUCGGGAACAGAGGAGGAACAAGCUGCAUUCAUGAGAGAAUUGGAGAACUUCUUCAGGGAGAGGAGCUUGGAAUUCAAGCCUCCAAAGUUUUACGGAGAAGGAUUGAAUUGCCUGAAGUUGUGGAGAGCCGUGACUAGGUUAGGAGGCUAUGACAAGGUAACAACAUGCAAGUUGUGGCGGCAAGUUGGAGAGUCCUUCAAACCCCCAAAGACUUGCACUACUGUCUCCUGGUCCUUCCGAUGUUUCUACGAGAAGGCACUCCUUGACUAUGAAAGGCAUAAAAUGCGUGGUGGUGAGCUCCAAGGACCUAUUUCUUCCCUUGCAGAGAACAUGAGUGUUGAUAAUCAGGCAGGUGGUAUUCAAGCGUCAGGGUCAGGUAGGGCACGGAGGGAUGCUGCAGCUCGUGCUAUGCAGGGAUGGCAUUCCCAGCGUCUUCUCGGUAAUGGGGAGGUUGGCGAUCCAAUUAUAAAGGAUAAGACUCCCGUUACUAUGCCAAAGCGUGAAAAACCAAUUAAAAGUGUUGGUUUACAUAAGCGUAAAAAACCAUCCAACCUCGAGCGUGCUGUCAAAGCUGCGCGUACUAAAGUUGUGAAGCCACAAAUGGAUACUAUGGUUGUUGAUAUUGGAGCUCCUGCUGAUUGGGUGAAGAUCAAUGUGCGGAAAACUAAGGAUUGCUUUGAGGUCUAUGCUUUAGUUCCUGGGCUUCUACGUGAAGAGGUGCGUGUUCAGUCAGAUCCAGCUGGACGAUUGGUUAUAUCUGGUGAACCAGAGCAGCCUGAUAAUCCUUGGGGUGUCACCCCCUUUAAAAAGGUUAUCAGCUUACCAUCAAGAAUUGAUCCUCAUCAGACAUCUGCUGUUGUGACCCUGCAUGGCCAGUUGUUUGUACGUGUGCCUUUUGAGCAGUCAGAUUUGUAGGAUGUGGUUAAAACUUAGUACUCUUUGCCCAUUCAGACAUGAAGCUCAGUUGUGCAUAUGGAUAUUUACACAUUCUAAAUACUUCGAGCUUGUCAAAUGUUUAUGUCAAUCUGAUUGGU